CAAACGGUUUACGCAGACGGGAGAUCUAAUAUAAAUAUACAAAUCACUAAGAUAAGGGUUUGUCCUUCUCUUUCUUUCUCUCGUUGCUUCCGUUUCUGGUUGUUUCUGUUAGUUCACUCACACUUCGCCUUCAAUUUAUAAGAUGGAGAACACCCAAUGGAAAUUGAAACAACAUGGAAGGAUCCCUAGGAAUAAUACUAUAGCGUUGGUUGUUUUGGAUGGUUGGGGUGAGAAUAAGCCCGAUCAGUAUAACUGCAUCCAUGUCGCUGAAACUCCCACCAUGGACAAGCUCAAGGAGGGAGCCCCUGAGAAAUGGAGGUUGAUUAAGGCUCAUGGUACUGCAGUUGGGCUUCCAUCAGAAGAUGACAUGGGGAACAGUGAAGUCGGCCAUAACGCACUCGGAGCUGGACGUAUUUUUGCCCAAGGUGCAAAGCUUGUUGACAUUGCUCUGGCCUCUGGAAAAAUCUAUGAUGGAGAAGGAUUUAAGUACAUAAAGGAAUCCUUCGAAACUGGAACCUUGCACCUCAUUGGGUUAUUGAGUGAUGGUGGAGUACACUCCAGGCUUGAUCAGUUGCAGUUGUUGCUGAAAGGAGCUAGUGAGCGUGGUGCUAAAAGAAUUCGUGUUCAUAUUCUCACUGAUGGGCGUGAUGUUUUGGAUGGUUCAAGUGUAGGCUUUGUAGAAACUCUUGAGAAGGAUCUUUCAGAUUUACGUACGAAAGGUAUUGAUGCACAGAUUGCAUCUGGUGGAGGCCGCAUGUACGUCACUAUGGAUCGUUAUGAGAAUGACUGGAACGUUGUGAAACGAGGAUGGGAUGCCCAAGUUCUUGGAGAAGCCCCACACAAAUUUAGGAAUGCUGUUGAAGCUAUUAAGAAAUUGAGGGAAGAUCCCAAAAUCAGUGACCAGUACAUACCUCCAUUUGUUAUUGUUGACGAGAAUGAUAAGGCUGUGGGUCCAAUAGUGGAUGGUGAUGCUGUGGUUACUGUCAACUUCCGUGCGGAUAGGAUGGUUAUGCUUGCUAAGGCCCUAGAAUAUGAAGAUUUUGACAAAUUUGAUCGGGUAAGAUUCCCUAAAAUCCGUUAUGCUGGGAUGCUUCAAUAUGAUGGAGAAUUGAAACUUCCAAGCCAUUACCUUGUUUCUCCACCCGAGAUAGAUAGAACAUCUGGUGAAUAUCUGGUGCAUAAUGGUGUCCGUACUUUUGCUUGCAGUGAGACUGUCAAAUUUGGACAUGUCACUUUUUUCUGGAAUGGAAACCGCUCUGGGUAUUUCAACCAAGAAUUGGAGGAAUAUGUGGAAAUUCCUAGUGAUGUUGGAAUUACAUUCAACGUUCAGCCAAAGAUGAAGGCCAUUGAAAUUGCUGAAAGGGCAAAGAAGGCUAUCCUUAGUCGCAGAUUCCACCAGAUACGUGUUAACAUUCCAAAUAGUGACAUGGUGGGGCACACUGGAGAUAUUGAGGCAACAGUCGUGGCAUGCAAGGCUGCUGAUGAAGCUGUCAAGAUGAUUAUUGAUGCAAUAGAACAAGUUGGUGGAAUAUAUGUCAUCACUGCGGAUCAUGGCAACACAAAGGACAUGGUGAAGAGGAACAAAUCUGGGGAGCCUGCUCUUGGCAAGGAUGGCAAGAUUCAAGUACUUACUUCUCACACUCUUCAGCCGGUGCCUAUUGCAAUUGGAGGUCCUGGACUGCCAAACGAUGUCAGGUUCCGAUCGGAUCUUCCCGGUGCUGGGCUUGCCAAUGUAGCAGCAACAGUCAUAAAUCUCCAUGGAUACGAGGCCCCGGCUGAGUACGAGCCAAGUCUGAUUGAAGUAUAUGAUGCCUAGGCUGAAGAGCAGAAAAAAGUAAUAGCAGAGCAAUGACAACAUGUGAUUUUAACUUGAGAAGUGAAACAAUAAAUUAAAUUAAAAUUUUGAGUGAUUUUAGCAUUGUGAUGCUUCAGCAUCUCCCGCUAUCGGAAUAUUAUAUUUUGGAAAAUUAUAUUUUGGCUGCUGUAUGUUGGAGGCAGACCUAACAAUUACAAUGUAGUUGGAAAAUCUUCCUUUUGUAAACCCUAAACAAGUUUUGUUUGUUUCACUUCCAUUCCAUGCAUCUAGGCCUAGCCUUGUAGAGGGUGCGGCAUAUUCCAAUAUUUAUUAUGAAAAA